UGAACUUCAUGAGGUUCACAUGGGCCCUCCUCUCCAGCCUGUCCAGGUCCCUCGGGGUGGCAUCCCGUUCAGUUAGUUCUCUUUACAGGGUGCUGCAGACUUGCGGGUGAAGCCUGCAAAGGAGAAAUAACUUCAUUUAAAGGCUAAUUAUCAUUAAUCAGUUGCCAAAGGAAGCUUAAAAGUGUGAGCCAAUUACAUGUGCUAAUGUGCUUUGGGUAGGGAGUGGCUGAAGGGUGUAAUUAGAGCCCGGCGGCGGUGUGGACACCCGGUUAUUGGACGGUAUUUCUGGCCGAGGCUGGUCCCGUCAGCCACAUCUGCUGGUGUCGGUAACGGUGGGUACGCACGGCCAAGGCCAGGUCAGUGUGGCAGAGGAGGGACCAUGAGCCCUGCGAACACUGCCUAGAGAGAUUCACCAAGGGGAGGAUAAAAAAAAAAUAAAAAUCAUUAAAAACGCAAGACAUGGCAGCUGUGAUAUCAGCUAUUGUUAGAUAAGAGCUCCUAUUUCAGCCUGAUAAAGAACGGGAUUUGAUGCCUUUGUAGGUCUCAGCAGCCCCAAGUGCUUGGACUUGAGAUGCUCCUCUGCCAGGGAGGCAUCUCUGGGCCUGGCCCCCAUCGUCAGGAGGUUGUACUUGUGGCUUUGGGGGCUUUGGCCUGUCCCGGCGAUGCAAGAGAAGCCCCUGGGAGGGAGGGGAAAGCCAGGGGAGUGUCUGGGCUCUGACCACCAGCCUUCACUUCAAGCUGCAGACAGUGUCCACCAGCCUCCGUCUGUCUCCCACAGACCUUCCUUUCUUAAAUCCAGGUUCAUGAAGUCCUGGGCUUGUCUCUCUUUGUCGCAGGGAUAAACUGGCUUUUUCUUGCUAGCCCAGACACACACAGGAGCUGCUGCUAGAGGUGAAAAUCGUCCCGCUACAAAUCAAGGGAAGAGUUAAGCCUGGUCAGCGUGACUGUGAUAGUGCAAGUUCCUCCUUCUGUUUCAGGAAUGGGAAAAAAAAUUGCACCAUUUGGUAAAACCCCAGCUGAGCAUCAGCAGUGGUGCUCAGCCCUUUGGGGUGGUGGGUGCAUGGACCUGCUGAAGAUGGGGGUGCCCCAGCCCCUCUCUGCCCCUUCACCCCAAGCCAGUUCCUAGCUCUACCUUUCCCUUGGCCUCUCUUCCAGAUGUCCUUCUACUUCUCGGACACGGCAGUGCUGCUCUUUGACUUCUGGAGCGUCCACACCCCCACAGGGAUGGCACUCUCGGUGCUGGUGAUCCUGCUGCUGUCGAUGCUUUACGAAGCCGUCAAGAUGGGCAAGGCUGUGCUGCUGCGGCGGGCGCUGCUGGCUCUGCCCCGCAGCCUCAGCCGGGAGUCGCUGAUGGAGCCGGAGGAGGGGGACACCGGCCCCGCACAGGGCAGGUGGUUUCAGUACCAUGUUGGCCAGACGCUGUUCCACGUGGUGCAGGUGGUGCUGGGCUACAUGGUGAUGCUGGCUGUCAUGUCCUAUAACGCCUGGAUCUUCCUUGGGGCCAUCAUAGGCUCCACGUUGGGCUAUUUUGUGGGGUACCCCCUGCUCGGUCGGGGCUAGGUGUUCCUCCAGGAUGGCGGAUGAUGUGCUCCACAACUCCUGCUACUUUGUCUGGAAUAGCUGCUGUCACUUUUGCUGGGUCUGUCCUUGUCUCCGUGCUCUGCGGGAUGCAGCAUCCCAGGGACUUGCUGCAGGGACCCUCAGUGCUGGCCCGACUUGGGGGGGAGACACUGGGCAAGGGGAGCCCUGUGGCCAGCACUCUGCCACGCUGCCACUGCCACCAUCCUUGGCGGGUGGCUGUCCUCCAGCUCUCAGGGAGCUUUGGCUGGUGAUGACGGCGGUGGGACUCUGGACAUUUCCUUCUCCCCUCACUUCUCUGGGGGGUUCAUCCUGGCUGGAACAGGGACCUCCCAGGGAAGGGGAUGUGCUGGGGACAGGCACUGCUGCCCUCCUGCCCAGAGCUGCCCUGCACUAAGCCCCUCUUCACACAGUGCCUUCUGGGGAUGAUGGGGGUCCUGCUGCACACCCCCCCCCCCCAUAGUGCUUCAGGGACGGGAUCGGAGCAGCCACUGAGCUGUUGGUGUGGCUGUACUGUGGGGAAGCUGCUGCUGUGGGUGCCACUUGCUGCUUCCUUGGGACACCCCUUUUAAUAAAACCUUCUGUCGUUUGGCUUCUGGAUUGUGUGGAUGCUGGGUGGUCUUAGGAUGUGACACCUCCCCAGUCACAGUGGGAGUGGGGACCCCCAGCCCUCCCCCUCUAGCACAG